AAAUGAGGAAAAUAAAAUCAUCUAAAAGUUUGGCUCACCACCUAGCUAGCUUACCUAUAUUUUAACUGUUUCUUUCCAUCCAUAUCAUACCUACUAGCAGAAAGUUAUAUUCAUUGUUCUGAUGGCGGGAAGUUUUAGGGAAAAAGUAAAACAGCAAUUGUUCUUCAUGCUUGAUGAAUAAAGGGCAGUUAAAUCAAGAAUUAGAAAUGGAAAUGGAAUUGCUCAGGUUGUCCAAAUUCAGUCUCCAGCUUCGAGCUCUCGUCACGGAAUCUCGCGAUCUCAGAGAGAGAAAUCGUUCCGCAACCGAACAAAUUCAUCUCUUAGUCCAGAAACAAAAGCAAACCGAGGAGGAAUACAGUAGAAAGUUACAAGAAUUGCAAGCCGAAGUAGCUUCGUGCAACGAAUCACAGCAAAAGCUUGAAAGAAAGGUGAGUUACCUUCAAAACGACAACGCUUUGCUUGAAAACAAACAAAAGGAGUUCCAAGGAAUCAUCCAAAGCCUACUUCAGUCCAAGGAUAGCUUUAUAAAUGCAUAUCAGGAAUCUACUUAUGAAAUGAAACAGUCAAUUGAAGCUAGAGAUAGAAAAAUAGCUGUCCUAUCUGAGAAAUUGAACUCUCAUUUAUCACUAUUUGAUUCAAUAGAAAAGGAGGCAUUCUCUGUCAAGCAGGUUGUGGAUAAUGUGGAAAGAAUUGUGAGUGAAAAAGAGGAAGUAGUUGCUGGAUUAAGGAGGGAAAUGGAUCAAGUCUCUGCAUUUGAAAAAGCAUUUGUUGAGAGGAUCAAUGACCUGGAAAAUAGGCUGAAAAAUGAUGGGUAUGAGUUUCAAAGAAAGAAUAAAAUAAUUUCAGAGCUAGAAGCACAAUUAGAAGCGGCAAAAAUCAGUGAUUGCAGCCGAGCUCAAAUUGAAGAGAUAUCCACCCAAGUUUUGAUUACAAACGCAACAUUAUUUUGUUUCAGAAGAACUAAUUGCAAGUUUAACAAAAUAAAUUUCUCAUCAUUGUGCUUUCUUAGUCAACAACACCUUCAGAAAACCAUAUCAGCAAAGGAUACUGUCAUACAGAAUCUAGUAUCUGAGAAAGAGGCAUUGCAUUUUGAGGUGAGAAGUUUGGCAAAUAUAUUACAGAAGAUCCAGAAUGCUGUUGCACAUAUGAAUGAAGAGGAUAGAAGGGCCGUCUCUUCGAAGCUGGAAAGUCAAGAAGAGUGCCAAAUGAAUACAUCAGAGGAAGAUAACCGGAUUCAAGAUACAACUAAACACAGUGCUGAAGAAUCUCCAAAUAAGACUUGCAGAAUCGAUGCUGCAGAGAAUAGAGGUAUUGAGCUUCACAGCAGCUAUCUCAGGGGUAUAAUUCAACCAGCCACCAUUUGCAAGCAAACGAUACCUUCAACUCUUGUGUUAGAGAGUCUGCCUGUUCUCCAGUUUGUUCUGAUCCGCAACCACCUGCUAAUGUUUUGAGUAUCUCUGUAAAUGGAAGAAUGGAUACGUGUGGAAUAUCAGUACAACAACUUGAUUCAGAGUGCUCAACCACCCAAGCAGAAACAUCCAAUAACCAGGUUAAAUUCUAGUUUAGCAUUAUUUGUCAUUUUUAGAAGAUAGCCACUUUGAACAGUAUUCACAUACCUAUAUAUUUUGUUUGAAUUCAUUCAGAAACAUGAUGUGCAAUCACCUUUAAGAGGUAUUUUUGGGAUUAUGUGCAGUCAUAAUCAAAAUUUGGUUGGAAUCAAAAUUUCAUACCCGACUAGAAUUAUAUGCAGUCAUGGGUAUUUUUUAA